AUGUGCAGAACAACCGUAUACGAAAUCUACUGCGCCGACUGUAACAGAUUCAUGCGCGAGCACAGGGGCAGGGAAUAUUGUGAACAAGUUGACGAAUACUAUAGAAAAGGCUACCGAUCAGGGCUAGAAUCGAGCGCUUCUUGGCCUGACGGGUAUGGCAGCACCGAUUUGGCUUCCAACAAAAUGUGCACCCAUGCCAUAACCCGCACCAAGUGUCCCGGUUGCGCUAGGGAACUGAAAACCGAGACCAAGGAGACCAAAUGCAGCGACGCCACAGCCAACAACAAGAGCUGGGGCAAGUGCAAGAACGGCGGUAGUACCACGGAAUCGAGCAAAUACGGGGAUAAGCAUUGCUCGAGUUGUAAGUGCAAGAAGAAGAGUACCUAG